AUGACUUCACAUCAAGAUGUGGAUGAAAACGUGAAAAGCACUGAAUUUCAAGAUGCUGGUCUACUCCAACAAGAAGAGCUUGAUUCGAUAAUGGAGACCUUGCAAGGAAUGGAAAGCAAAUUCAAAUCGACCUUUCAGGAAAUAGAUGAUGCUUUUCAGGAUCUAAACAUCGAAAUCAACGAGGGCAAUGGUAGAUUCAAUGGACUUGUGAACGAAAUUCGCACAAAUUUCGACGACAUUGAAGGAAUUAAAACAAGACUUCCUUUUCCGUUUUGCUGUUUCCGCACACAGGCACAGCGGUUUCAGAUACCGGUAAGUAACAUUUUCCAAACCUCCCCUACCCCCCGCCACUACAAAGUCCAAAAUCUUUUCAACGUUAGGUUCAUUUGCAAGCCUAAGUGUGAAAUGAAGCAAGUAACUUCUAAAAUCCUUUGUUAUCUCUUUAGAUUCAUUCGGAAUGAAGCACGUCAAUCGCUUAUCAUUAUCUUAAUAAAGCCAACAAGCUGAUUGUAUCUCAGACGUUUAUGUACAAAUUAAUGAGUGAUUUUUUCCCACAGUUUGCCAAUCCCGGGUUGCCAAUAGACCUUUCCACGAUUUUGUUCAACUUUUGACGUGGAUAAGUUAGGGAAAAUCCGUCGACAUCACUGGAAAAAGCGCCUUAAAAUUAAUAAAAGUGUCAAGAUUAAACGUGAUUUGUUGAAAACUAACGAAGAUAAUAGCUCCUCAAAGUCGCGAAAUUAAAUACAGACAUUUGUAUGGUGGGGGGAACUUGCGCUCACUACAAAAUCGCCUGUAAAUUUUCGCACCUCUGCGGAGCUAUAUAAUCUUCGCUCGGUUUUCAUAUUAAACGUAUCACUUUCAAACUUGGCAGUUUUACUAAUUUUAAGGCGCUCUUUUCAGUAGUGUCGACGGAUUUUCUGUAACUGGUCCUUAUCAAAAUGUGAAAAAACCGCCGUGGAAGGAACUAUUGUAUUUGAUCGACAAUAGACCACAAUACAGUGAACACGGUUAAUACGGACUCAAAGAGGAUUUUUAUGAGGAAAAGUCGUUUAAUUUCUAAACUGUAUCCGUAUGCAACGAGAUUAUCCUGAAGAAACCUAACGAUCUUUUAUCAUAGUCUUGGACUUAAAUUACUUUUUUGGAAGUACAGUACACCCCUGACUGUAAAUCAAAAGAUCUGUUUCAGCCUUAAAAAUGGGGCCGUUUCAGUGAGUAAAAUAAAAUACAGUACUAUUUUUUCUCUAAUUUGGCUGCGUCAAUCUAAGCAUAUAGAGUCCACUGACCUAGAACCGAUUUGGACCCAUGGGCUGAGAAGAGUCACAGCGUGGGCUCAAAAAGGCUUUUGAUGGGGCCCUCUGGAUGGGGCCGUUUUGGUCUAAAUAAUGCUGAAACGGCUCCAGGAGGGCUGAAUCAGACUUAGGCGUGCAUGGCUAAAUUAGCUCUUUUGGGGGCUAAAACAGAAUUUUUUUUAAUUUACGAUGUAACACGACAGAGGAAUCCGCGACUCAAAUUUGUAUUCACGUUUUUGGUGGACUGAAUGUUAGAAAAAGCCUCUGAAAGGUCAUUUGCCGUCUUUGUUAGGUUUUAGGUUUUCAGUUCGACUGAUCACGACCUUGUUUGAUCCAACGUUGAGUUACAUUGAUCGUUCACGGUGUGUGCAGUGGUUUUUCGAGCCUUAGUUUGCAUUACUAGUAGGAUAUUCAGUCAUAGACGGUGCUCAUUUAAACAGUGUCUUUUUUUUUGCUGGGUUGACUAUAUAUAUAUUGGAGUAUACAUGUAUAACUCGGGACAUAGGAAAAUGUCCAUUGUCCGUAUCAAUCUGUGUCCGUAUAGUUGUGUCCGUAUUAAGCGGGUUAAUGUAGAGAAAAUAAAUGAGCUUUUGGUCGGGCCAAAUGAACUGUCCGAUACGGGUCUCCGUGGCCGAGAGGGGUUCCAGUGUAGCAUAUACUCUACGUUGUAGUAACAUCAUGCCCUACUUCUUCUACUGCGCAGAUAAUACCGUCCAUUCAAGAUAAAUCACGCAGCUUCUCUAAAAAUUGACAUUCUGGUGUAGAAAAAAUGUGUGUUGUUUUUGGGAAAACAUAAAAUAAAACAAGCAGCGUUGAACGCCAUUGCGGCGCACUGUGUUUUCAAAAUAAAUGCUUCCUUCUAUUUAUUUGCUUUUUUAUUAUUCACUUUUUUUUUUCUCUCGACUUUUACAGGCAGGUGCCAGCAGAAAUUUGACUGGAGAUAUACAAUAUUGGUGCAAAAAAGAUAUCCAGAAGGUGACGAGUGAAAAGCAGAGGGAGACCAAGGAGAAGGACGGUGUUGAUACGCGAGAUAAAAUAGAAUACCUGUGCAGACAGGACUACUCGAAACGUAGGUUAAAAGAUAAAAUAGACCAGAUAGAAAGGAUGACCGAUGAAAAAUUUAAAGCAGUUUUUGACGCUUUUCGACAGAUUACAGGAAAUUCCCAGCGAUACAAAGAUGAACAGGAAAAAUUAAGGGAUGAAGUUCAGAAACGAUUCAAUGAGCACGGAGACUUCAUUUGA